AUCUGUAUACUUUAUUUUUUUCUCCUAAUUGUUUUUUUAUUAAACUUUUAAAUUCUAUAAAAAUUAUGUGAACCUCGUUUUUCACAGUCAAGAUGGUGAUCCCUGGAGAGACUGAGGGUCGUUCUGGUGAUCUGUUGAAGGAGAAGGGUAGUUGUGGUGAUCCUUGCAGCAGAGGAGGGUUCUGAUGAUCCUCAUGGAGCAGAAGGGUUGUGGUGCUCUUACUAUGAGUUUGGGCAUCUGCUCUGUGUUACUCUUCCUAAGGGCGACGUGUCCAAACGCCGUGGUGAACCUGCUGUGGUUGAAUGGAGGUUGCAGAGUCGCCCAAGGCUGCGGUUCUCCGUCAAUGAAGGGCCGUGUGUCCCCGGUGUGACACCGGCUCCUGUCCCGCGCUGUCCAUCCCCGGGCUGUGCCAGCGCUUGGCUCCCGCCGCCAUGGCCGCAGCCGCGCGCUGGGGCCCCCUGCUGGCUGCAGGUGUCAGUGCACUUUGUUACCAAAUGAUGUCACGGGUGUCGGCCCAUGACGCCAGCGUGACGUCAGCCCCGCCUCAGCCAAUCAGCGCGGGGAAGGUUGGGAUGGUGACGUAAACUGCCCUAGCAACAGUCGGCGCGGUGCCGCCCAAUCAGAAAAUAGCUGUGGGCGGCCCCGAGCCAAUGGGAGGCGGCGGAGGAGGACGGCGGCAGGAGGCAGGUCUCCUCAGGCUCUCUCCGCUAAGAUGGCGGCGGCGCUGGCGAUGGCGGCGGCCGCGGCUUUGUCUGCGCCCAGCGCCUGAGCGCGGCCCCGGCCCGGGCGGCCGCUCCGCUCCGAGCAGCGGCGGCGGAGUCAUGACUGCAGAGCCCGUGAGUGAAAGCAAGUUGAAUACAUUGGUACAGAAACUCCAUGACUUCUUGGCUCACUCAUCAGAAGAAUCUGAGGACGCAAACUCUCCUCCAGCAUUAUCUAAAAACAAAAGUAUAGGUAAAAGUAGAGAACCUAAAGGAAGCCCAGCCUCAAUGGAGAACAACAAGGACGAGGGAAGUAGUUCUUCAGAAAGAACCAAAUCCUUAGGAUCAUCCCGUUCCAAAAGGAAACCUACAGUUGUAACAAAAUAUGUUGGGUCCGAUGAUGAACAAAUCAUAGAUGAAACUGUAAAUGAAGAUAUUUCAAAUGAGAACUCAGAGAAUGAUGUAGAUAUGCAAAGCUUGCCUAAAGGUACAGUGGUUGUACAGCCUGAGCCAGUGCUGAAUGAAGACAAAGAUGAUUUUAAAGGGCCUGAAUUUAGAAGCAGAAAUACCGUUAAAAUGAAACCUGAAGCUCCCAAAAAGCGUGGAGAAGAAGGACUCCAUGGAAUUGUGAGCUGUACAGCUUGUGGGCAGCAGGUGAACCAUUUUCAAAAGGAUUCAAUCUAUAGACACCCUACACUGAAAGUGCUUAUUUGUAAGACUUGCUACAAGUAUUACAUGAGUGAUGACAUCAGUCGUGAUUCAGAUGGGAUGGAUGAACAGUGUAGGUGGUGUGCUGAAGGUGGAAAUUUGAUUUGCUGUGACUUCUGCCAUAACGCCUUCUGUAAAAAGUGCAUUUUGCGCAACCUGGGCCGAAAAGAGCUCUCGACUAUCCUGGAUGAAAAUAAUCAGUGGCACUGCUAUAUUUGCCAUCCAGAGCCUUUGUUGGACUUGGUUACUGCAUGUGACAGUGUCUUUGAAAAUUUAGAACAGUUACUUCAACAAAACAAAAAAAAGAUGAAAGUUGAAAAUGAAAAAAGUAAAAUAUAUGACCACACAGUCAAGUUUUCUCCAAAGAGAAAUAAUGCAAAUUGUAAUGGGGAAGAAAAAAAAUUAGAUAAUUUAUAUUCAGGUUCACUAACAUAUUCUUAUAAAGCACUAAUGGUGCCAAAGGACUUGCUUAAGAAAACAAAAAAACUGAUUGAAACUACAACAAAUCUGAAUUCUAGCUUUGUAAGCUUUUUGAAAAACGCUGCAGAAAAUGUAGAAAUAAGCCCAACUGUGCAACUGUGCCAGCUGAAAGCUUUUAAAUCUGUGCUGAGUGACAUGAAAAAAGCUCAUCUGUCACUAGAAGAAGGCUUGAACCUGGAGAUUCAAGCACUGAAUGUUAAAAUCAAAGAUAAAAAUACCAAAGAGAAAAAAACCGAGGUUAGAUCAGAAAAAAAUGAGGUGAAAAAAGAUGAAGGAAAGGAGCAUGUGGCAUUAAAAGAGGAUGACACCACACAGACACAGAAAGAAGUUGUGUCGGAGCGACCUGACAAUGAGCCCAUGGAUCAAAGUGUUCCCUCAGUGGAACAGACAGAUAACAAGGCAGCUCCUGGGGAAGAGAAAAAGUCUGGCAGAAAUGAAGAACCGCAGUAUGAGCCAAACAGUACAGAGGCUUUAGACAUGGAUAUCGUGUCCAUCCCCUCGUCCGUUCCUGAAGAUAUUUUUGAGACUCUGGAAUCUGCCAUGGAGAUUCAGAUGCCAUCGGAUGAGCAGGACAGUGGAAACACAGCAACAGAUCAUGAGAAUUCAAAUUCAAAUGCAAAAUUAAACACUCCUGUGAAAGAUACCAAAGGUGGUAGCAAGUCAAAGUCGUCGGCUAAAGGAACAAAAGAACUGGUUGUAAAAUUGACUCCAGUUUCCCUUUCAGAGUCUGCAGUUAAAGCUGAAGAUCAAGACAACAGCCUAGAAAAGGACAAUAAAGACGUUGAUGCAUCUAAAGGCAUUGAUGCGUCUGAAGACGAUGCAGGUAAAGACGUUGAUGAAUCUCAAGCUGGGGCAGCAAACUGUGAUUCUGUAAAACAAAACCACAGUGCUGGCAGCGAGCCCUCCACGGAGAAUGACGCUGUGCCCGUGGAGGACUCGGAUCUCCGGAGGUCACCGCGCGUCAAGACCACCCCGCUGAGGCGCCCCACGGACAUCAGCCCCCUGACAUCCAACUCAGAAGAGGACAGCAAUGACACGAGCAAUGAAAAACAGAAGAAGAAACCAUCCAAGCAACCCAGGAGGAAAAGCGAUAAAAGAAAUUCUUCUGACAGCACUGCUGAUGGUCCCAGUCCUAACAAAUCCCAAAAGCCAUAUGACUUAGAUCACAGCUCAGACUCUGAUGAGUUGCCAGCUGUCCUGAAAGAAGCUGGGAUGAUGAGUCGCAGCUCCUCAGACAGUGAAAGCAACAAUGAAGCGCCAGAAAAGAAUCAAAACACUUCGGAUUUUCAAAAGAGUCCACCAGUAAAAGAUGAAAAUGGGAAACGAAAAAGGAAAAGUUCCAGUUCCGGUUCAGAUUUAGAUGCUAAAAGAGGCAAAUCAGCUAAAAAUGCUGCUGCUGCUAAGAAGAAACGACAAAACUACUCUGAUUCUUCAAACUAUGAUUCCGAGCUGGAAAAAGAGAUAAAAAUGUUGAGUAAAAUUGAGGCUGCAAAAAAAUCAAAGAAAAAACACACACAAAAAGAUGAUAGUUAUGAUUCCUCUGAAGAGGAGCAGAGGAAAAAAGCAAGCAGUAAGAGAAAGGUAAAUCUGAAGAAGAAGAGAGGUAAAUCUUCUGAAGAUGAUGAUGCUGAGAAGUCUCCAGAGAAGGAAAUUAAUCACUCUUCUAAAGAUAAAACGGGUAAGAAGUCAGCUGCUAAGGACAAGAUAAACAGAGACUCAAAAGAAAAAUCUGCAAAGGGAAAACGCGAUGAGUCUUCUGAUGCUGAGAAAUCUUCACUGGAGAAAGAGGAGAGUCCUGAAGUUAAGAAAAAGAAGGAUUCAAAAAAGACAAAGGCACGGGAUGAUUCUUCUUCUGAGAGUACUGAGAAAUCGGCAAAGAAAGAGCACAAGUUGGAGUCUUCGAAAGACAGAUCCAAGAACAAAAAAGCAUCAGAAAGCAAAGCAAAGAAAUCUGAAAAAUUGAAAAAGAAAGGUUUCAAGAAAGAACAAGAUGAUUCCUCCUCUGAUCUUGAUAAGUCAUCUCCAGAGAAAGGAAGUAGCAAUUCUUCUGAAAACGACAAAAUUAAAAAGGAACCCGUGUUUGCAGAAAAGAGGAAAUUGAGAGAGAGAGUAGCUAAAAGAAUGCACAUUGAUUUAUCCUCUGAUACUGAGAAAUCUCCCCAAAAAGAGGAGAGUUCUGAUGAUGAUGCCACAAGGCGUAAAAAACGAAGUGACACGAAAGAAAAGAAAAAAAUAAGCCACAAAAAGAAAAUUUCCAAGAAAGAACAGAAUGACUCAUCCUCUUCUGAUGAGGAGUCUUAUGAAGACACUAAGAAAAAGAUUAAAAGAGGAUCAGUAAAAGAAAGUAAAAAAAGCAACUUAAAAAAGAAAGUUGUAAAAAAGAAGGUGGUUGUCACUACUUCUUCCUCGUCUGAUAAAGAAGAAAACGAUGAUCAGAAUUCCACAGGCGAUGGAAGCAGCGAUGAGCAGAAGAUCAGGCCGGUGACCGAAAGCUUGAUGCUGUCUGCUGAUGCAGGAUUUUGUCAGUCAUCAGGAGAUGAGGGAGAGGCUCUAGCAAGGACUAUCCCAAUGGAGGAGGAGGAAGAUGAUGAUGAUGACGACCCUGAGAAUAGAAUUGCCAAGAAAAUGCUUUUAGAAGAAAUCAAAGCCAAUCUUUCCUCUGAUGAGGAUACGUCUUCAGAUGAGCAGCCGGUGGAAGGAAAAAAGAAACCUGCAAAGCAAACUGAACACACAGGAGAUAAUGGAGAGAAGGAAAAGGAAGACAAGAAGUCUGAAAAGGAAGAACGUGAUUCUGAGUCAGACUCAGAGGAAGAAGAAACAUCCAAGAAGCCCAGAUACAGACACAGACUGCUGAGGCAGAAGCUCACCGUGAGUGAUGGGGAGUCUGGAGAAGAAAAAAAGGUGGUGGUGAAACCAAAGGACAAAAAAGAAGUAGGGAAGCGCAGAAAUAGAAGGAAAGUGAGCAGUGAUGACUCGAAUGACUCCGAGUUCCAAGAGUCUGCAGUGAGUGAAGAGGUCAGUGAGUCUGAGGAUGACCAGCGGCCAAGGACGAGAUCUGCCAAGAAAGCUGAGGCCGAAGAAAACCAGCGCAGCUACAAACAGAAAAAGAAACGAAGGAGGAUAAAGGUUCAAGAGGAUUCAUCAAGUGAAAAUGAGAAUAAGAGUAACUCUGAGAAUGAGGACAAUGAUGACUCAAAAUCUCCUGGAAAAGGCAGGAAGAAAAUCAGGAAAAUUAUUAAAGAUGAUAAGCUUAGAACAGAAACACAAAAUGCACUUAAAGAAGAAGAAGAAAGAAGAAAACGUAUAGCAGAGAGAGAACGGGAGAGAGAGAAAUUGAGAGAGGUGAUAGAGAUUGAAGAUGCUUCUCCUCUGAAAUGUCCCAUUACAACCAAGCUGGUUUUAGAUGAAGAUGAAGAAACCAAAGAACCAUUAGUGCAGGUUCACAGGAGUAUAGUGACCAGACUGAAGCCACACCAAGUAGAUGGUGUUCAGUUUAUGUGGGAUUGCUGUUGUGAAUCUGUAAAAAAAACCAAGACAUCUCCUGGCUCUGGCUGCAUUCUUGCUCACUGUAUGGGCCUGGGGAAAACAUUACAGGUAGUAAGUUUUCUCCACACAGUCUUGCUAUGUGACAAACUGGACUUUCGGACAGGUCUGGUUGUGUGUCCACUCAACACUGCCUUGAACUGGCUGAAUGAGUUUGAAAAAUGGCAAGAAGGUUUAGAAGAUGAGGAAAAACUAGAGGUCUAUGAGCUGGCAACUGUGAAAAGGCCUCAGGAGAGGAGCUACAUGCUGCAGCACUGGCAGGAUGAGGGAGGGGUGAUGAUCAUUGGCUACGAGAUGUAUCGAAACCUGGCACAAGGCAGGAAUGUGAAGAGCAGAAAACUUAAAGAAAUAUUCAAUAAAGCUUUAGUUGAUCCAGGUCCUGACUUUGUGGUGUGUGAUGAAGGACACAUACUGAAAAAUGAAGCAUCUGCUGUCUCUAAGGCAAUGAAUUCUAUUAGAUCUAGAAGAAGAAUAAUUCUGACAGGAACACCGCUGCAGAAUAAUCUUAUAGAAUAUCACUGCAUGGUUAACUUCAUUAAGGAGAAUUUGCUUGGCUCAAUUAAGGAAUUCCGGAAUCGAUUCAUCAAUCCCAUCCAAAAUGGGCAGUGUGCAGACUCCACUCUGGUGGAUGUCAGAGUGAUGAAGAAACGUGCUCACAUCCUCUAUGAGAUGUUGGCUGGCUGUGUUCAGAGGAAGGAUUACACAGCAUUAACCAAGUUCCUGCCCCCCAAAUACGAGUACGUGCUCGAGGUGAGGAUGACCCCGAUCCAGUGCAAGCUGUACCAGUAUUACCUGGAUCAUUUGACAGGUGUAGGUGGUGGCAAUGAAGGUGGAAGAGGCAAAGCUGGAGCUAAACUAUUCCAGGAUUUCCAGAUGUUGAGCAGAAUCUGGACUCACCCUUGGUGUUUGCAGCUGGACUAUAUUAGCAAAGAAAAUAAGGGCUAUUUUGAUGAAGACAGCAUGGAUGACUUCAUAGCUUCAGAUUCCGACGAAACUUCCAUGAGCUUGAGUUCUGAUGAUUAUGCCAAGAAAAAAAAAUCCAAGGGGAAAAAGGUGAGGAAAGAGUGUAGCUCAAGUGGAAGUGGCAGUGAUAAUGAUGUUGAAGUCAUUAAAGUCUGGAAUUCAAGAUCUCGUGGAGGUGGGGAAGGAAAUGUAGAAGAUCUUACAAACAAUCCUGCAUCAACAAAGUCAGAAGAAGGCAAAGCUACAUCCUCUUCCAAUCCUGGUAGUCCAGCUCCAGACUGGUACAAAGAUUUUGUCACUGAUGCAGAUGCUGAGGUGUUGGAACAUUCUGGGAAAAUGGUGCUGCUCUUUGAAAUUCUUCGAAUGGCAGAGGAGCUGGGAGACAAAGUCCUAGUGUUCAGCCAGUCCCUAAUAUCUCUGGAUUUGAUAGAAGAUUUCCUGGAGCUAGCUAACAGGGAGAAAUCUGAGAGAGAAAAGCCUACUAUCUACAAAGGUGAAGGAAAAUGGUUCAGAAAUAUUGAUUAUUAUCGCUUGGAUGGCUCAACCACAGCUCAGUCCAGAAAGAAAUGGGCUGAGGAGUUUAAUGAUGAAACUAAUGUGAGAGGCCGCUUGUUUAUCAUAUCCACUAAAGCAGGUUCCCUGGGAAUAAACCUGGUGGCUGCUAACAGAGUCAUCAUCUUUGAUGCCUCUUGGAACCCCUCCUAUGACAUCCAGAGCAUCUUCAGGGUUUAUCGCUUUGGGCAGAACAAGCCUGUGUUUGUGUACAGGUUUUUGGCUCAGGGAACCAUGGAGGACAAGAUCUACGACCGGCAGGUGACGAAGCAGUCGCUGUCCUUCAGGGUGGUGGACCAGCAGCAGGUGGAGCGGCACUUCACCAUGAACGAGCUCACCGAGCUCUACACCUUCGAGCCAGACCUGCUGGAUGACCCCAACUCGGAGAAGAAGAAGAAGAGGGACACCCCCAUGCUGCCAAAAGACACCAUCCUGGCAGAGCUGCUCCAGAUCAACAAGGAGUACAUCGUUGGGUACCACGAACAUGAUUCACUCCUGGACCAUAAGGAGGAAGAGGAGCUCACUGAAGAAGAGAGGAAGGCAGCCUGGGCAGAAUACGAAGCAGAAAAGAAGGGCAUCACCAUGCGUUUCAACAUGCCAACAGGGACCACCACAAUGCCCACAAAUUUCAGCUCUCAGACAUAUAUUCCUUACAAUUUGGGUGCUCUGUCAGCAAUGAGCAACCAACAGCUGGAGGACCUCAUUAAUCAGGGAAGAGAGAAGGUGGUGGAAGCAACCAACAGUGUGGCUGCAGCAAGAAUCCAGCCCCUUGAAGACAUCAUUGCAACCAUAUGGAAAGAAAACUUAACCCUGACGGAGAGCCAGGUGCAGGCCCUGGCCCUGAACAGACAGGCCAGCCAGGAGCUGGAUGUGAAGCGCCGAGAAGCCAUUUACAACGACGUCCUCGGGAAACAGCAGAUGUUAAUCGGUUGUGUCCAGAGGAUCCUGAUGAACAGGCGGCUCCAGCACCAGUACAACCAGCAGCAGCAGCAGCAGAUGUCCUACCAGCAAGCCAUGGGCCACCUCAUGAUGCCAAAGCCUCCAAAUUUAAUCAUGAAUCCUUCCAACUACCCAGCCAUAGAUGUGAGAGGAAUGUAUCAGUCAGUGUCUGGUGGGAUGCAGCCACCACCCCUACAACGAGCACCACCCCCAAUGAGAGGCAAAAAUCCAGGGCCUUCCCAAGGGAAAUCAAUGUGAUUUUGCACUAAAAGCCUAAAGGAUUGUUAAAAUCAGAGAAAGAACUUUUAUUUUUUUAGGAAUCAAUGGCCUAACAGAACUCAACUGUAAAAAAAAAAAAAAAAAAAAUUAAAAAGAAUAGUUUGGUUGCUCCCCUUAAAUACCACGUUCCAUAUUAGUGUUUCAGCUUUGUUUAAAUAGGACACGAUGUUUUCCCUGUUGUCAGUGAUGUUGCCUAGAAUCUUCUUACAUAUGUUGAGUACAGGAGAUAACAAGUUGUUUUCAGUGAAAACAAGUCCUCCCGUUACAGUAGCAUCUCCACAGGUUUCCUGUCUAAACUCCUACGCUUGCUUUUCGUGGCUGCAAAGCUUUGGGAAGCUUAGGAAGGACUGCAGGUCUGUAUGUUCAGUCUGACAUAUGUGAAUUGUAAACAGCUGAGUUCUUGAUUAGAGUUGAUUCCUCAAAUUAUGGAAUACUUUUCUGCUUACCCAUUUCUUUCUAUUAGUGGGAACGUUGUAACAGAAAUAGUCUAGUUUCCUUCGUGGGUCAUCUGUGCUGAAUGGAACAGGAGCUGAAAAUCCUCUCUGAAGCAGAACUGAGUGCAAUAUUCGUAACUACUACUGCUCUGAACCUUCUGAGGCACAGGGAACUGUGCAUCCAGCCUUAAACAUGACUGGGCCUGCCCCAGUCUGCUGCCAUUUCUUAUUUUCAGUUCCACGUGAUGGAAUCACAGCUGAUGAUCUGGGAGUGGGAGAUGCUUUUCCUUCACACGCUGAUCCCUCGCUCUGGAGUCCAGCACAAAGCACAUUUCUGGUAACUCCUUCCUGCUGGUGCUACUGUCUCCUCCCAUUGCCGGCAAUGGGGGACGGGCCAACACAAUUCAGUUCCUGUCCUUUGGGGGCAAAGUGGUGACGGUGACAAACCCUGGCAGAGAACCCCCUUUACUGUGGCACAACCAUUGCCUAUUGAAAAUCCCUACAGAGAAAGGGCUGGAGCGACUUCUAGAGCUGCCAGAAGCGUGAAAUGACUUUAUUGAUAGAGAUGUGGCUAUGCACUCCUCUCCAUCCCUUCAGUUGUGUGAAAACAUGGGUUAGGACACAAAGAGCUUGAUUUGGGUUUUGUUUUUGUUCUGUUUUGGAUUUUUUUUAAUGUAGGCCAGAGAUCAAUUUCAGGUUUAUUCUGUACCAUUGUCACUCUCUUUGCCCACUCUUGUUGUGCUUGUGAAGUUACUAAAUACAAACAGGGCUUUCCUUUGCAUAGAGUUCAGUUGAUUCUUACCCCCUCCAAAAAACCCCGUUGGUAAUCUGGGGGCACAGGUAAGUGGCAGGAACAUGGAGGCAGUGGUGUGUGGACAACACAGGACUCUGGAGACAGGUGGAGGCAGUGGCUCCAGAUUGUGCUGGACUCUUCUGAUGCUGGCAUGGAUUAAAAUCAUUUUGGUUUCUGGGAAGUUUCUUGGCAGGAGUUCUUGCCCUGAAUGGACAAGUUUUGCAUCUAAACAUGCAGAUGUUUCGCUGUGUGACUGACACUUGGUUUGUGACGAGGACAGAGGUUGGUUGGGCUGCUGCAAACCCAGCUGACAAGUUGCUGUCUUGGACUCUCUGAUGACAAGAUACCACAAAAGACCCUCAGUGUGUUCUAGUGCUCUGCCAGCUCUACAGUUUAACUCUGAUCUGGGGGAGGGAGCAAAGAGAGACGUGUUGGCACUAGAAGAGACAAAAGUGAGAUGUUGAGACAAACAUUUGAAGGCAAAUGUACUGUGGGCAACUCUCACCGAUAUUCCUACGUGUUGUGAAUAAGAGAAAUACUUUCUACCAAACCUGGGAAUGUUAAAUGGAGUUUUACAGUAACUCAAAGACUUAAAUGUGGAAGUUUUAGGCAACAUUGAAAGGCACAUUUUAUUUCAUCCUGGACAAACCUAUGGAUAACAGAAGACUAAUGCACAAGGAGGAAUCCAAGAUAAGCAUUGAAGUAAAACCUGGACCACUUUGCUUAUGUUUCUCACUCGACAUUUUAGCUGCAUAACAAUGUGCUUUGAGUAUAACAUCAGGCUUUUAACCAGUACUUAAAGACAGAACAUACAUCAGUAAGAUAAUAAAAGGCUCAUUUUUAUAUUUGUUUUAGAUGUUUUAACUAGAUAAAAAUGGCUUAAGAUGACAAACAGAAAUGUUGCUUGUAAUACAGUUUUGCCUGCUAAAUUAUCCACAUUUUGUAACCUGUUUAUUCCUUUGGAUGUAAAGCGUUUUUGCUUAGUAUUGUGAUAUUGUAUAUGUUUUGUCCCAGUUGUAUAGUAAUGUUUCAGUCCAUCAACCAGCUUUGGCUGCUGAAAUCAUACAGCUGUGAAGACUUGCCUUUGUUUCUACUAGAUGGCUUUUCAGUUCUGUAUUAAAUAUCUUAAGUACUAUAGAAAAGGUGUCCCCUCUUCCUAUAAGGCUGUUUUGUAAUAUAUAUAAGGACUGGAAAUGUGUUUUUAAAAGAGAAGAAGCAUUCAAGUAUGAUGAUAUACUAUCUGUGUUUUCACCAUUCAAAGUGCUGUUUUAGUAGUUGAAACUUAAACUAUUUAAUAUCUCAUUUAAUAAAGUGACCAAAAUACA